UCACAGCUACAAAGAGUCACUCCGUGAGCUGAACACAGAGGUUUGAGAUGAGACUGUGUGAGCUGCACUGUUAUUUGGCCCUGUUGGGUCUGUCCCUUGUGCUGUGUGGUCGCUGUGCUAAUUCACAGCUAGAACCGGACCUGGACUUCCGCCAUCACAGACUUCUGCAGAGAGCAAGAGCGACUGGACAGGCUACACAGGACUUUACAAAGAGAGACGUCGAGAAGCUCCUUUCCCUGCUUUCCAUCCCUGAAAUGGAGAUGCGUGAGAAAGGCCUUUCAAUGGCAAGCGAAAGCGAGGACCUGCGCUUGGAGCAAGAACGCUCGGCAGAAAGUUCAAACCAACUGCCCACCCGGGUACGCAAAGAGGGAUGCAAAAACUUCUACUGGAAGGGCUUCACUUCCUGCUGAGGCCCUCGCUUGAAGUUA